AAAAACCCACACACAUGCAAUAACAAUAAAAUUGCCCCCACCGCCACCUAAUAAUAAUACUCCAUAAUCAUAUCAAUAAUAAAAAUAAAUCUGCAAGUAGAAGGCCCCACGUGUGGUUUGACCAUUCAAAUAACAAAUCCGAGGCGUGAAUAAGUUGUGUUUCGUGGAAAAUGUGGGCAUCGACAAUUUCACCCUUCUUUAGUGUCGUUACUAAUAACGGGUCCACCAUUUUCCCCUAAUCCACAUAUAUAAAUAUCCAUUUCUCCACCUCCAUCAUUCAUCAGCGGAGCAUAAAUUCAACUCAAAACAGUUCCUUACUAAAGAUUAAAGAAGGAGAAGAAGAAGAAGAAAGUAGAAGAAAAAAAUCCCAAGAAAAAAGAAACUAUACUUGAUUUAUCUCAUAAUGGUGAGAGCUCCAUGUUGCCAAAAAACGGGCCUGAAGAAGGGCCCGUGGACUGCGGAAGAAGAUUUGAUUCUCAUCAACUUCAUCACCCAAAAUGGCCAUCCCAAUUGGCGAGCUCUUCCCAAACGGGCCGGAUUGCUGAGGUGUGGUAAGAGCUGCCGCCUCCGCUGGAUGAACUACCUGCGGCCCGAUAUUAGGAGAGGGAAUUUUAGUCGAGAAGAGGAGGAUACCAUCAUUCAAUUGCAUGCACAAUUGGGAAACAAGUGGUCUGUGAUUGCAUCGAGAUUGCCGGGGCGGACAGACAACGAGAUCAAGAAUGUUUGGCACACCCACUUGAAGAAGCGUGUUGCCGGAAAAACGGAAAUCAAGAAUGGAGAAGCUGAUUACUCAUCUGAUUAUUCCCGAAAAGUGGAGCUCAGAUCGCCGGGGGAUUCCCUCAGUGAGGUCUCAUCCGUCGUCACCUCCGAUGACGGUCAUGGUGGUGGCUACGACGACGCUUUGAUGUCGGAUUUGUGGGACAAUAAUUUCUGGUCGGAGAUUUUGACGGCGGAGGAAUGGAGUGGCAGCAGUAGUGAUUUCUCAUGUGGCAACAGCGAUGCACAGCCUCAAUUUGCUGACCCGGAAUUACAUAUGGAAGAUAGCAGUUUUUGGCGGGACGUGUUUAAUAGAGCUGAUGAAUUAGUUAUGUACAUAUAGUUCAUCAGUGGGAGAUUUUAGAAUCACUAUCGCUUAGAUCAAAUUGAUUCUGUGGAUAUGGUUCUGUAAUGAGUCACUUAUUUAUUUAUUUAUUAGUACAAUGAUGUUAGAAAUUUCUUGGUA